AUGGAUGUACCAAAGGACCAAUUUUCUACUCUGCUAGAGCACGGUCUCUUUUCUUCAGCGCAAAUUCUUGGUUGCUUUGCUGUUUCAUCCACUUCAAUAAAUCCAGAGAACAGCCCUCAUCUUAAAGCUGAAAGCUUGGUGCAAUUUGGUGAUGCACUUUUUCGAGAAAAGGAGUACCGAAGAGCAAUUCAAGCAUAUAAGCAAGCAUUGCAAUACCAUAAAAUAAUUCCAAAGCAAAGUGCAGUAACACCACCAAUGACUAGGAGCUCACUGUCCGCAUCAAACAGGUCUUCUUCUCCAAAUUCUGCUAGCAUUUCUGGAAUAAAUGAAAAUGAGGUGAAGUUCAAGAUUGCAACAUGUCACAGCUCACUAAGUGAGAAUAGAGCUGCUCUGGCUGAGAUGGAAGGAAUUCCAACCAAAUCAAGGAAUUUAGAGAUGAGCCUUAUGAUGGCAAAGCUUUACCGAAAUUCUAGGCAUACUCGCUCCGCUAUUGGCUGUUAUAAGGAGUGUUUGAGGCAGUGCCCUUUCAUAAUUGAAGCUAUUAUAGCCUUAGCUGAACUGGGCGUUGCUGCCAAGGAUAUUAUUUCACUAUUUCCACAGACACCCAAUAGAAGUGGGAGACCUCCCUUUGAUCAUUUUGAUUCUAGUCGCUGGUUGCAGCGUUAUGUUGAAGCUCAAUGUUGCAUUGUUUCUAACGACUACAAAGGUGGUCUGGAGCUUUUCACUGAACUUUUGCAACGAUUUCCUAACAACAUACACUUAUUACUGGAAAUGGCAAAGGUCAAAGCCGUUAUUGGAAAAAAUGAUGAAGCCAUUUUGGAUUUUGAGAAGGUUAGGUCAAUUGAUCCAUAUGUGGUUACAUAUAUGGACGAGUAUGCAAUGCUUUUAAAGCUCAAGUCAGAUAGUUCCAAGUUAAAUAAGUUAGUGCAUGAUCUCCUGAGCGUUGAUCCCACACGGCCUGAAGUUUUUGUGGCCCUGUCUGUUUUGUGGGAAAAGAAAGAUGAUAGAGGAGCUUUAUCCUAUGCUGAAAAGGGCAUCCGCAUUGAUGAGAGGCAUGUAGCUGGUUAUAUAAUGAAGGGGAAUUUAUUCUUGUCGAUGAAUCAGCCAGAAGCAGCCGUGCUUGCCUAUAGAGGAGCCCAAGAACUACGGCCUGACCUUCGUUCCUAUCAAGGCUUAGUCCGUUCAUAUUUGGCACUUGCAAAAAUCAAAGAGGCUUUGCAUGCUGCAAGAGAGGCAAUGAAGGCCAUGCCUCAGUCAGCGAAGGCACUAAAAUUAGUUGGGGAUGUGCAUGCCAGUAGCACUAGUGGCAGAGAGAAGGCAAAGAAGUUUUAUGAAUCUGCCCUCAGGCUGGAACCUGGUUUUCUUGGAGCGGCAUUGGCUUUGGCUGAACUCCAUGUUAUGGAAGGUCGAAAUGGAGAUGCAGUUUCUCUACUUGAGCGUUAUCUAAAGGAUUGGGCUGACGACUCUCUACACGUUAAGCUUGCUCAAGUGUUUGCAGCUACAAAUAUGUUGCAAGAAGCCCUUUCACAUUAUCAGGCAGCGUUACGGAUAAAUGCCCAAAAUGAAGCUGCCAAGAAAGGAUUAGAACGCUUAGAGAAACAGAUGAAGGGAGUGGAUCCUGAUGCUCCCGAAGAAGAUGAAGAUAACGAGGUUGACGAUGCCGAUGGUGACCAGGAAGAGGCUGAGCUAUUAUGA